AUGGAGUUUUCCAAGGUGGACACAGUGUUUAAGGAGGUGCUACUCGAACAAGUCGGCGAUGAUGAUACACCAAGAUUGACACUCAAGGAGAUUGCCAAGGUGGAUGAGGAGCGAAAGAUGCGGGUGCAGAAAGAGAUAGCGGCCGCAAAGGUUGAGCGUACUAACAAAGUCGAGAAGGUCAAGAUUCGCAAUAAGAAGCGCGCUUUCAAACUAUACGCUAAGCAAGAGCUCCACUCUUACCAGCGUGUUUCCAAGGUCUUCGGAGAGAUGAAGUAUGCUCGAAUCUUCCAGCGCUUCCGAUGGAUGACCACACUGACUACUUUUAUGCCCUGUCGAUCGGUUGGUGAAGAUCGAUACUGGGUAAACGGAAACCUAUGGCCGAAUCGUACACGCGAAAUGGUUGCCCAACUGGCUCCUUUCAGGAGUUGGUAUAAAUCUUACAACUACGAAUAA